AUGGAGCAUGGCUUCAGAACCCGCUUCAACAAGGACAUCGUGAAGGGUGGUCGUCAGAGUCAACUACUUCUUCUCCCGUCACCUCAAGACGAUUGUCCGGAACGACGAAUCCCAACUUGGUUGAGCGUGAGCACCUGGGCCACCCCCCCAGCAUCACACAACCGCUCCUCGGACUCGUUGUUUGCCAACUACACUCUCUCGCUAGCCGAGUGCACAGAAGCCUUCAGCUAUGCCAAUCUCAACUGUACCGCCUUUGGUGAAGAGCUCACUCAAGGAGGGAGCAUGUUCGGAUGUUGCCUCGCCUAUGAGACCUUCACCAACAACACCUACGAUCCAGCCAGUCCUCCCUGGUUUAAUCCAGUCCCUGAACAAAACCGGCCGGAUUGUGGUGAUGAUUAUACCGCGGGUGAUAAGAAGGCGGGCAUGUAUACCAAGUUCUGUAACACGAUUGGGGAUUACUCUGAUGGGAUUAUCAAUGGGGCGUGGUCGAUGGAGCAUGAGGAUCCUAGGGGCUGUGUGGUUUAUAUAGUCACGGCGUUUUACAGGGCGUGGAGGAUGCUGGAGCAGGAGGACAAGGUUGGCGGGAUUACAACCACGAACUCGACUGCGACGGUUUAG